ACUCAUCAUGGCGGCGAUGGUAUCUCUAAGAUUAGUAUUGCGGCCAUGAAUCCUUUCGCAGGUGCAGCCCCACAGUUAAACUGUGGACUUACCCGUGUUCGGGCUAUAGGCAUAUAUAUAUAAUCAUUUCGAAAGGCCAUGAGGUAGUCGUUUUUCGACGUGUUCUACGAUGAAAGUAAUGUUGUUACACAGGACUUGGAUUCUUACCACAAGUUUGGCCGCUCUUCAUUGCUGUGUAGCUGAUCCAAAAAUUGGUGACUGCAACAUGACGCAAUUCAUAGCAGGAGGAUUCAAAUGUCAGCGGAAAAUGGUGUCUGAUUUAAAACACAAAGCAAACGCCAACUGCAGUGUUGAAUACCAGUAUCAGAUCUCAUGCCUGGUAAAUCACUUGAAGACCUACUUAACCGGUCUUUUCGCUGGUUUUGUUCCCGCCGUCACAUCGUUGAUAAAGUUACUGUUAUACCAUUGUGGAGAUCUUAAAGUGGAUCCGGCGUUGAUUGAUCAAUUCCUGCUCAAUCAAAUUCAGUGCAAAGGCUCAGUUUUCACCAAAGCUGUGGAGUGUUGGAAUGAUUUUCGGAUUCGGCUGAACCGAGACAAUACAGAUCCUAAACUUUGUAGCGACUAUGCUGUUGCAAAAGAAUGCGUGACAAGAGAGGCUAAAACUGGUUGUGCGAUCGGACAGUACAUUAACAGGGACUUAUUUAACCCUUUCUGCACGUACAACGCAGAUCCACCGUUAAAUAGUUCUGAACCAUCAGUCUUCAUUGGAAGUUGCACCACCCAGACGUUUGCUUUGUCAGCGUAUUCAUGUCAACGAGAAAUGAUUACAAACUUGGCAAAAGCAAAUAGCCCGACUUGCCGGUAACUCGCAUACCGUGGUU